AUGGAACAAUCAGCUCCCAAAAGCAAGCUGAAAAAGCUGAGUGAAGACAGUCUCACCAAACAACCAGAGGAAGUCUUUGACGUCCUGGAAAAACUUGGUGAAGGGUCUUAUGGCAGCGUGUUUAAAGCCAUCCACAAGGAGUCGGGACAGGUCGUGGCCAUCAAGCAAGUUCCCGUGGAGUCUGACUUGCAAGAGAUCAUCAAGGAGAUUUCCAUCAUGCAGCAAUGCGACAGUCCGUAUGUGGUGAAAUACUACGGCAGCUACUUUAAGAACACAGAUCUAUGGAUCGUCAUGGAGUAUUGCGGGGCUGGUUCGGUCUCUGACAUCAUCAGACUACGCAAUAAAACGCUAACAGAGGAUGAGAUUGCCACCAUUUUAAAAUCAACCCUCAAAGGUCUGGAAUACCUUCACUUUAUGAGGAAGAUUCACCGCGACAUCAAGGCUGGCAACAUUCUACUCAACACGGAAGGACACGCCAAGCUGGCUGACUUUGGAGUGGCUGGACAGCUAACGGACACUAUGGCGAAGAGGAACACUGUGAUUGGAACGCCUUUCUGGAUGGCACCAGAGGUGAUCCAGGAGAUUGGCUACAACUGCGUGGCCGACAUCUGGUCGCUGGGUAUCACGUCCAUCGAGAUGGCCGAGGGCAAACCCCCCUACGCCGACAUUCACCCCAUGAGAGCCAUCUUCAUGAUUCCCACCAACCCUCCGCCGACAUUCCGGAAACCAGAGUUGUGGUCGGACGACUUCACGGACUUUGUCAAGAAAUGUUUAGUGAAGAAUCCGGAACAGAGAGCCACCGCCACACAACUCCUACAGCAUCCUUUCAUCAGCCAGGCUAAGCCGGUCUCUAUUUUGAGGGACUUGAUCACCGAGGCUAUGGAGAUGAAGGCCAAGAGGCAGCAGGAGCAGCAGAGGGAACUUGAGGAAGAGGACGACAACUCUGAAGAGGAGACAGAAGUAGACUCUCACACCAUGGUGAAGUCUGGCUCGGAGGGCGCGGGCACCAUGCGCGCCACUGGGACCAUGAGCGAAGGAGCGCAGACUAUGAUUGAGCACGGCAACACCAUGCUGGAAUCCGACCUCGGUACUAUGGUCAUCAACAGCGAUGACGAAGAGGAUGAGGAGGAGCAGGGCUCAAUGAGGAGGCACGCCACACCACAGCAGCCACUGCGUCCGUCCUUCAUGGACUACUUUGACAAGCAGGACUCCAACAAGGUGGCGCAACACCAGCAGCAGCAGCAGCAGCAACAACAACAGCAGCAGCAUCAACACCAGCAACACCAGCAGGAAAACUACAACCACAACCAGCCUCAGGAGCAGCCAGGCUACCAUAUUCAGUCCAAGAACAUCUUCCCCGACAACUGGAAGGUGCCCCAAGAUGGAGACUUUGACUUUUUGAAGAACCUUGAUUUUGAGGAACUUCAGAUGCGCCUGACAGCCCUGGACCCCAUGAUGGAGCGCGAGAUCGAGGAGCUGCGUCAGCGUUACACGGCUAAACGCCAACCCAUUCUCGACGCUAUGGACGCCAAGAAGCGGCGACAGCAGAACUUUUAA